AUAUAUAUAUUUUAAGCAAAAGCAUCCAACGGUCUUUAAAAUAUCUCAGCAAGUAUCUCAGGCGCCGUCUGAACCUUCCCAACCGGCGCGCCAUGGCGGCAUCUUUGGUUGCACGAUCCGCCACAACCCCACUCCCACGGCACGUCGUAUCGAAACCCUCUCACGCCGAUCACUUCCCCAAAACGACUUUAAGCUUCGAAUCUCGCUCCGGACGCCGUCGUAUUGUCCUGGCCCUGGCCUCUGAUCGGUCAGACGACAACACCAGCAAAAUCGACUGCGGCGAUCACAGAAAUCCGGUUGGAGGUGCUAGGGAAUUAAGGAGCGCCUUGGAGGACUUCCCCUAUGACGUAGUGUCGAAAGACCUCCACACUCUGCCGAGACCUUUGUCUUCGACCGACCUCUCCAAUCCGGUCUCUGAUGGCUCCCGCCUUCGCGUUGCGUAUCAGGGGGUUCGUGGAGCAUACAGUGAAUCAGCUGCGGAGAAAGCGUAUCCAAAUUGUGAAGCAGUGCCUUGUGAACAAUUCGAUGCUGCUUUUGAGGCUGUUGAACGCUGGCUUGUGGACAGAGCAGUCUUACCAAUUGAGAAUUCAUUAGGUGGAAGCAUCCACAGAAACUACGAUCUUUUACUCAGGCACAGGUUGCAUAUAGUAGGGGAAGUGAAACUUGCCGUUCGGCAUUGCUUACUGGCCAACCAUGGUGUUGAAAUUGAAGACCUGAAAAGGGUUCUUAGCCAUCCACAGGCUCUUGCUCAGUGUGAGAACACGUUAACAAAGUUGGGAUUGGUCAGAGAAGCAGUGGAUGAUACUGCUGGUGCAGCAAAGCAUGUUGCUUUCCACAAAUUGAAAGAUACAGGAGCUGUUGCCAGCUCAGCUGCUGCAGUCAUAUACGGUAUGCAAAUACUUGCGCAGGAUAUUCAGGAUGAUUCUGACAAUGUUACUCGGUUCCUAAUGCUUGCAAGAGAACCAAUUAUUCCUGGCACAGAUAAGCCAUUCAAGACAAGUAUAGUCUUCUCACUAGAGGAAGGUCCUGGGGUCCUUUUCAAGGCACUUGCUGUUUUUGCUUUGCGUCAAAUCAAUCUUACGAAGAUUGAAAGCCGUCCUUUGCGUAUGCAGCCCCUGCGAGCAUCUGAUGAUAGUAAUGGUGGAUUAUCAAAAUACUUUGACUAUCUUUUUUAUGUGGAUUUUGAAGCAUCAAUGGCUGAUCAGAGUGCACAAAAUGCCCUUCGGCAUCUGAAGGAGUUUGCCACAUUCUUGCGGGUGCUAGGGAGUUACCCAAUGGAUACAAGCAUGACAUGACUGACUGACCGACCUACAUUGUGUUUUAUUGAAAUGUACGGCGAGUUGAAUACCGAUCAAAAUCCAUGUGGCUGGGACAAUGGAAGAUAUAAAUCGAUAAAUAUUUCAUACACCAAUGGAUGUUAUUGCGAGAUGUAUUCCCCUGUAUUCUACCAUUCUGUUUGUAAAAAUUCCCUUUAAUUUGUUUUUAUAUAAAAUGGUUGCAUUUUAAUCAAAUAGAAGAAGGAACUUGCCAACCACAAGUUAUUAUUAACGUGCCUUGAAUUGCAAGUAAAAUGCCCCAAAGUCACAGGGCUUGUUAUGAAGUACGUUUAAAAUGACAAAACGUUUUUAGUGAAAAUGUUUUGGAACUAGUCCUUAAUACAAGUGCAAGUUAUGUGGCUGUUGUGGGAACAUAGAAACCUCUUCUCUAAAAGCAUUUUCAGUUGUUUUAAAAUUACUCCCAAACAAGCCUUAUGGCUGGUGCGCCAUAGUUUCCAUUUUUCAUUUCUCCCCUUGCAUCCUGGUCAUUUUCUGGAAGUGAUCCAAAGCCUGAGGCGCCAGAAGUCAGUUCACCUGGGGCCAUUGAUGCUGCCAAUUACCGGAAGAUACAUCAUAUGGUGGGUGCGCUGCCACACCGCACACUGAGUCGUGUAGCCAAGAAGCAUGGACCCUGUUAUGUACCUUAAACUGGGUCAGUUAGAUGCUGUGGUCAUUUCAUCCGUCAACGCCUCCGGGAGGUGUUCAAAAUGCAUGAGCUUACAUUUACUCAAAGGGCUCUGGUUUUGGCAACAGAGGUUAUGUCCUUUAGGUCAAGGGAGUAUUUUCUUUGCUCUUAUGGACAUUUCUGGUGGAAGCUGAGAAAGAUUUGUUUUUUCGAGCUACUGAGUGAGAAGCGUGUGCAGUCGUUCAGUCCGUAAGAGAAGAAGAUGCGCGGAAUUUUGUUGAGUCCAUUGAAUCAAUAACUCACAAGGGAGUUGCCUUCAAUUUAAGUGACAGGUGCAGCAGCUUCACAAGUGCCUGUAGUGUCAAAAGGCAGCAUUUGGGAAGAAAUGCAAAGACCAAAAGGAGUUCCUUUCGCUACUAGGCGAAAGCAUCAAACUUGCUGGUAGAUUUUACAUUGCCGAUUUGUUUCCUUCAUUCAGAUUUCUUGAGUUCGUUACUGGGACGAUCCUUGCUAUGAAAGACAUACAAGAAAGCUCAGUACAAUUUUCGAAAGUAUCCUCGACAAUCAAAAGGUCAAAAGAUCCAAAAAGAACGAGAUGAUCACUAGUACUAGUACCAGUACCACUAGUACAACAGGCAACGACAGAGCGGAGGAGGACGAGGAUGUCUGAGGAGGAAGAUUUUGUCAACGUACUUCUAAGACAGCAGAGUCCAUCAGACGGGGUUCAAUUUCACAACCAAUCAGAUCAAGCUACUGCCAUAGAAUAGGCAAUGACUGAGUUGGUGAAAACCCCAAAAAUCAUGGAGACGGCCCAAGCUGAAGUGCGACAAUUAGUUGAAGGAAAGAAAAGCAAAAAAUGGACCACUUGAAAUCAGCGGUGAAAGAAACUCUUGAGGUUCCACUUUUGCAGUCCCUUUGAUCCCACGAGAAGCAAGGUAAAAGUGUUGAAUCGCCGGAUACAAAAUACCAGCUACAUCAAGAGUGAUCAUCUGUUGAGUUUAAGGGUUUCGAGUUAAUGGCCGCCUUAAUCCAAGCACAAAACCAUAUUACAGAGAAGAGUAGAAGAAUUGGAAGUCAUGUAGGGAAAAGUUCAGAAAGAAAAGGCAUGAGAGAGAAAGAGUAGGUUGAUGAAACCACAUAAACAAUAAGGUAACCUUCAAAUCCAUAUUACCCAGUUACAUCAA